CCAGACGUUUCUUACAUUUGCUUCUGACACACUUGUGUUUAGUAGCAACCCAAGAAACAGACACCAUGGUGCACCUGAAUGCUGAUGAGAAGUCCAUGAUCUCCACCCUCUGGGGCAAGGUGAACGCCGAUGAAGUUGGUGGUGAGGCCCUGGGCAGGCUGCUGGUGGUGUACCCCUGGACCCAGAGGUUUUUUGGCAGCUUUGGCGAUCUGUCCUCUGCCUCUGCCAUUAUGGGCAAUGCCAAGGUGAAGGCCCAUGGCAAGAAAGUGAUCCACUCCUUCAGUGAGGGCCUGAAAAACCUGGACAACCUCAAGGGCACCUUCGCCAGCCUGAGUGAGCUGCACUGUGACAAGCUGCACGUGGACCCCGAGAACUUCAGGCUCCUGGGUAAUGUGAUCGUGAUUGUGCUGGCCCACCACCUGGGCAAGGAGUUCACCCCCGCUGUGCAGGCUGCCUUCCAGAAGGUGGUGGCUGGCGUGGCUAAUGCCCUGGCUCACAAGUACCACUAAUGUCCCUUUCCUAAUAUUGUCUUUGCACAAAGGCCCCUUUCUCCCCAAAGAACAACUAUCAAAUUCAGGGGAAACGAUGAAGGCCUUUGAGCAACUGGAUUCUGUCUAAUAAACUGACAUUCACUUUCACUGCAA